AUGUGUUGCCAUAGCAAUGUUAAGAAUAAAUAUGCGGCACCGGUAGGACAGGGGCCACACGGAGGGCAUGCAGUUCACGCACCAAAUCCAGUAACAACAACGCCCUCAACGCCCGCAACGGGACAGUUGUGGGACAAAUACGGGUCACAUGGUUUCAUCUAUAACUUAGAUCAUUUGCGAGAAGAGGCGAGUAUUUUGCUGUAUAUGAAAGAUGCGAAUCAGAUAACCCAUGAAGAGUCGUACUUGUAUUUUAUUAAACUACACGACUUUAAUAGUGACGGCAAACUCGACGGAUUAGAUUAUGUGGACUCAAUGCUGACGGCAAUGGAUUUGAAUAACGAUGGGUUCGUUGAUUACGGAGAGAUCUAUACUGCUAUGGAGUGA